UCAUUGAAGAGCCAGGUGUCAAAAUGACCGAGCGCUUUGACUGCCACCAUUGUGAAGAAUCUCUCUAUGGCAAGAAGUACAUCCUGAGGGAGGAGAGCCCCUACUGCGUGGCCUGCUUCGAGGAGCUCUAUGCCAGCACAUGCGAGGAGUGCAGGAAGCCCAUCGGCUGCGACUGCAAGGACUUGUCCUACAAGGACCGACACUGGCACGAGGCCUGUUUCCACUGCUCGCGUUGCAAGGGCUCACUGGUGGACAAGCCCUUCGCCGCCAAGGAGGACCAGCUGCUCUGCACAGACUGCUACUCCCAUGAGUACUCGUCUAAGUGCCAGGAGUGCAAGAGGACCAUAAUGCCAGGUACCCGCAAGAUGGAGUACAAGGGCAGCAGCUGGCAUGAGACCUGCUUCAUCUGCCAUCGCUGUCAGCAGCCCAUCGGCACCAAGAGCUUCAUCCCCAAGGACGAGCAGAACUUCUGUGUGCCCUGCUACGAGAAGCAACACGCCCUGCAGUGUGUGCAGUGCAAAAAGCCCAUCACCGCCGGAGGGGUCACCUACCGGGAGCAGCCCUGGCACAGGGAGUGCUUUGUGUGCACGGCCUGCAAGAAGCCGCUGUCCGGGCAGCGCUUCACGUCCCGGGAUGAGUUUGCCUACUGCCUGGACUGCUUCUGCGACCUGUAUGCCAAGAAGUGCGCUGGGUGCACCAACCCCAUCAGCGGACUCGGCGGCACAAAGUACAUCUCCUUCGAGGAGCGGCAGUGGCACAACGACUGCUUCAACUGCAAGAAGUGCUCCCUGUCUCUGGUGGGCCGGGGCUUCCUCACCGAGAGGGAUGACAUCCUGUGCCCUGACUGUGGGAAGGACAUCUGAGUCGCCGGGUGACGCUGGCCACGCAGAUCUGCGUUUCCUUCCUCUGGCUCCCCGGCCGCGCCAAGGCUCCCUCUGUGCUUCUCAGUGAUGCUCACGUCUGUGUAAACCUUUCCAUCCUUUGUACUAGUCAGUCCCAGGGCGGGAGAAAAACCCUAUGGAAACCCUAGCGGGGAAGAUGGUUUUGAAUUUUUAUAAUCAAGCAAGGCAAAUCCACGAGCAGACUUCCUGUUGAAUGUCUUUGGACGUGUAUCUUUCUUUCACCGCCUAUUUAAUUUUUAAGUGCAAUUAACAUAUCACGAACUUGAAAGCAAUGGCGAGCUGGUACCCACGGCUGCGGCUGUAGCUUCCUUUGUGUAGGGCCCGCAGCGAGGUUGUAUGACUUGCAAUAAAGUGACCCGGCACAGUG